ACUAAACAUCCUUUACUCUUAUUUCAUUUAUAAAAUUAUAUUUUACCUAUUUUUGGUAUAAUGAUUUUUAGACAUAUCUCAGAUACAGGACCUAGGCUCCUUCCAUAUCUUUUUUCUAUGAGAUCCAGGCCAUUCGAGAUUAUUUAUCGCAAUAAUUCCACAAAUUCUUACACAUCAUCUUUUGUUAGAUCUGUUUUCUCAAAUGUAGCUUCAAAUUAUGACUUGAUGAAUGAUUUAAUGAGUUUAGGGAUUCAUCGUAUCUGGAAGGCAGUUUUCGUGAAAGAAGUUAUGCUAGGAGUUCAAAAUAUGAUAAGACAUCUUUCAAAACGCACUUUUGCCAAUGAAAAUGAUUCAGCUGAUGUACCUGUAAAAAUAUUGGAUUUGGCCGGUGGAACCGGGGAUAUUACAUUUGCAUUGCUUAAACACUUUAAGGAGUUGAAAAUGACUGAUUCGCGUGGUUUUAUCAUACAUAAUGGUCCUAAAAUAACUCCACAAAUUUUUGUACUCGAUCCCUCGGAAGAAAUGGUAUCAAUUGGAAAAAACAAAGCCUCGGAAAGUAAUACAAGUGAUUCUAUAUUUUGGACUAUUGGAGAGGCUGAACAGAUGCCUUUCGAUGAUAAUUCUUUUGACGUUAUCACAGUUGCGUUUGGAGUUCGUAAUUUUACUGAUAGAAAAAUGGGAUUAAGAGAAUGUUAUCGUGUAUUAAAACCCGGUGGUAGGCUGGUUAUUUUGGAAUUUAGUCAUUGUGAGAAUAAUUUUUUCUCUAGCUUAUACAAAUCAUAUUCCAACUGUGUCAUACCUCUAUUGGGUAAAUAUGUUGCUAACGAUCAAGGUGCAUACGAUUAUCUUGUUGAUUCAAUAAGAAACUUCCCUAAGCAACAUGAACUGGCGGAUAUGCUAACCAACUCGGGAUUUGUUUACGUUUCAUAUCGAAAUUUGACCAAUGGAAUAGUAUGCAUUCAUUCAGCGUUUAAACAAGAUGUAUGAAAGUAUGGGUUUAAAAUUUAUAUGGUAUUUAGUUCAUUCUUCCUAGACAAUUAGGAGCGCCACACAAACAUUGUAACUUUCUGGUUUCGGAUUCUACUCCAAAUUGGUAAUCAUAUGUCACUUCAUCACCAGCCUUUAAGUCGGAUUUUGCAAAAACAACGAUGUGUUUUAGUCCAUAUUCACACGUUAUUAUACGACAUAGGCAGUUCGGAUCGCAACUGUGGUUUAUGAAUCUAGACAUAUUUCCCUUUCUUGUUGCAUCAACAAUAAGCUCAUCAUCUAACCUGAACAUAUAGCACGAACCAUCCCCACCUUGACUUUCUGAAUAUAUUUCUUCUCUCUUGUCACUGAUAAUGUCUCUGAUUAAUUCUCCUACAUAUUCAACAACUGGUUCACCAGCAGUAAUGUCUUCUGUGGUGAAUAAACCAAGACCGUGUAUCGCCGAUGGUUUUACAUCCAGUCUUUUUUCUGGAGGUAAGGAAAUUAAGUAUCUAUAUUGCAUGGCGUUAUUACUCAUGUCAUACUGUUUUCUGGAUCUGGUUCUAUUCGUUCUGGAGUCACAAUCUACUUCACAUGGUUCUGAAUCUUUAAAAUCUAGAGUUGUACUAAUUAGUUCAUUCAUAUUUUUUCUACGUAUUUUAAAUGGAAAGUUCGUAUAGUGUUCCCCCAAACAAAUAUUACCCUUUGUUAUACUCGCAUUCCCAUUCCCUAGGACAGACUUUUCGAAUGAUGC